AAGAAGAAGAAGAAUAGAUAAGCAAAUCUCUGCGCAAACAUAAGUUGCAUUUCACUCCUCUCCUCCAAUUGUUUCUCAAUGGCUGGCUUACGCGGAUCUUGUCAUGCUGUUCUUGAGGGAAGCCUUCACCUCGGUGGCUCAGUUCGGUUGAUCGGAGCCAGUGGCUGCCGUAUUGCCUUGCCAGUCAGAUCUGGAUUUACAAUCAGAGCCCAGAGUGAACCCGAGACGAACCGCAGAGCCGUAAUCGGCCUUGUGGCAGCUGGUUUGGCUACGGGGUCAUUUGUUCAAGCGGUUCUUGCCGACGCUGUUCCGAUCAAGGUCGGACCUCCUCCUCCACCCUCCGGUGGAUUGCCCGGGACAUUGAACUCCGACGAGGCACGAGACCUUGAUCUACCUCUCAAGGAAAGGUUCUUCCUCCAGUCUCUACCCCCAGCGGCAGCGGCAGCCAGAGCCAAGGAGUCGGCCAAAGACAUUCUUAAUGUGAAAGGUCUUAUAGACAAGAAGGCAUGGCCUUAUGUUCAAAAUGAUCUCCGCCUCAAGGCCGAGUAUUUGAGGUUCGAUCUCAAUACCGUUAUUGCCGCAAAACCCAAGGACGAGAAACAGUCUCUCAAACAACUCACCGGAAAGCUCUUCCAAGACAUCAGCAAUCUGGAUCACGCUGCCAAAAUUAAGAGUACGCCUGAGGCGGAGAAGUAUUAUGCAGAGGCUGUUUCUACCCUAAAUGAUGUUCUUUCUAAGCUUGGUUGAAAGUGAGAGAGAAAAAAAACAAAUGUUAAGAAUAAACCAUGACUUCCUGUAUGCAAUUUAUAUCUUUCAAUAAGACAUUUCGGUCUUGUAGUA